AUGGAGGUGGACGACGUGGAGUGCAGCAAGUCAGCCAUCAACCAAUGGUCCGUGGUCAAGCCAUUCGGGGGCUGUCAGCCACCGAAGCAGAGAUCGCUGCAUGCGAGCAUCGUGGUGGGUGAUUGCCUCUACAUCUUCGGAGGGUACGAUGGUAGCAGCAGGGUGAACGACUUCUACAAGUUCAGCUUCAAGGCUUCCAAGUGGUCGCAGAUACAUCCUGCAGGCAGCAGCCCGACAGCACGUGACCGGCACGUGGUGGUGUCCUACGCGGACAAGAUCUACAUCUUCGCUGGUUACGAUGGCAACAACCGUGUGAACGACUUCUGGCAGUAUGACACUGAGCACGAGGUCUGGAGCACGGUCGAUGCCGCUCUGGGCAAUCCACCCACCCCACGGCACAGCCACUCGGGUGUCGAGUACGACGGAUCCAUGUACAUAUUUGCAGGCUACGACGGGAACUACAGGAGUGACUUUCACCGGUACAACUUCCCGCAGCGCAAGUGGUCCAUCGUCCCUGUCAAGGGAUCCGUGCCCAAGGCACGCUACAGGACCUCGGCAGUGGCGUACAAGAAUCGUAUGCUUGUGGUUGGGGGUCACGAUGGCGCCAAGCACUUGAACGAUUUUUACCAGUUCAAUUUCGACACGCUGGAGUGGAGCCUGGUGGAAACGACAGGGCAGGUGCCCCCGCCGUCGCCGCGGGACUCCCAUUCGGCGGUGAUUUGCGGCGACUCCAUGUACCUCUUCGGAGGUAGCACUGGCAGCGCGCGCAACGACCUGUACGCCUUCAGCUUCGAAACGGAGCAAUGGACGGAGGUGCGGGCAACCCCGGGCGCCACGCAGAAGGCCAACGUGCCCUGCCCUCGAUUCUGCCACACCUGCGAUGUGUACAACAACUCGCUGUACGUUUUCGGUGGCUACGAUGGCCAGCAGCGGCUCAACGACUUCUGGCAGUUCAAACUUGCCACGGAAGUCAACAUUGAUAUUCCCAGCAGUUCCCUAGUCGCUGACUUGCGCGAGUUCCUCAACGAUGCAAAGUUGUCUGAUGUCACUUUCAUCGUAGAGGGGAAGCCUGUCUAUGCACACAAGCUGCUCUGCAUGCGAUGUUCAUACUUCCGGGCCAUGUUCGAGGGGCAGAUGCGUGAGGCGCAGCAGAAGACAAUCACCAUCAACAAUGUCUCGCACCGGGUCUUCUUGGCUCUGCUGGAGUAUUUGUACACAGAUGAAUUCGAAAUCUCCAUGGACAUCGCUAUGGACCUUUUUGUGGCGGCGGACCAGUUUGGUAUUGAUCGGCUGAAGAGGUUGUGCGAAAAGAAGAUACUUGUUUCAAUCAAUAUCGACAGCGCGGCCACAAUCCUCCAGGCUGCGAACAUGCAUAUCGCAAACGACCUGCGGCAGAGCUGCAUGGACUUCAUUCUCAGGAACUUCGAUGCUGUUUCCAAGACCCUUGCGUUCGAGGAAAUGGGUCGAUCCAACGUGGAGCUUGUCUUCGAAAUCUUGAAGCGCCGGUAG